AUAAACAAUAUGUGAGGUUUGGGAAACCUUGCAGAACAGCUCUGCCUGCACAUUAACGAGCAUAACAUCUAUCCUGCUAACUUUCUAUACAAAAAAAGAUGUAUGUGGAUGAUUCUGGGUUUUGCUCUAAAGAGGACUGUUCCAUGUUUUAGGAAUACAAACUGGACAGGAUUCAUUGUGAUUUUAUUCAAUUACAUCAACAAGAUUUUUUUUCAUGUCUUAAGUGUUGCUCUAAGAUGUCAGAUACAAAUCAGUCUAAGACCAACAUCACUGUUGGACAGCAGUAUGUGGGGUUACUGGAAAGAGUGUUAGUUUCCACUCUGACUACAAUGCCAUGCUGUGUGUUUCUCUUCAUUAAUGGGACCCUGUUAUUCACCUUGAGGAGUAAACCAGUGUUUUGUGAGACCUCCCGUUACAUUCUUCUGUACAACCUUCUUUUUGCAGACACUGUACUGUUGGCCCAGAGUCAGUUAAUGUACCUACUAUCUGCUUGUAGAAUAAGGAUGACGUAUCCUGUGUGUGGUGCUCUCAUCAUGCUCUCCAAACUCACAAGUGAAGUCUCCCCUCUCACACUGGUGGUGAUGUCUAUGGAGAGAUAUGUCGCUGUGUGCUACCCACUGAGGCACGCUACCAUCGUCACCAUCAGAAACACAGGGGUGGCCAUCAUUGUGGUUUGGGCUUUUAGUUCACUAAAUGUCCUCAUUCGAGUUCUUUUGCUAUUAAUAUUUCCAUUUCAAGACUUGCAGAGCCUGCAGAUGAAAGAUUUUUGCUCUGACAUAGCCAUGUUUCUUGUUCCAAUAUCUGAGCAUUAUGACAAAGCCUAUACUUGUUUUCUGUUUGCAUCAGCUGGUGUGGCAGUCACUUCUUCCUAUGUUGGUGUGAUGAUAGCAGCCAGGUCGGCCUCCACAGACAAAGCUUCAGCCCGGAAGGCUCGUAACACUCUGCUGCUGCAUCUGGUGCAGCUGGGCCUCAGUCUCUCCUCAACUAUGAAUAGCCCAUUGCUCAUAGCUAUCUCAGAAAUUGCAUCGAGGGUAGUACUUGUGCGCAUCCAGAUUGUUUUUUAUGUGUGUGUUUACCUCCUCCCCAGAUGUUUGAGUGCUCUCAUCUAUGGUCUCAGAGACCAGACCAUCAGACCCGUCCUUAUGUACCAUCUAUGCUGUCAACUGAAACGCUCAGUCGUCCCAGCCAAGGGUGAGAGGUCAAGCUUUGUCAGGUUUUCAGGGAGGCCUUCAUAAUUCACCAUAUCUGACUGUAGUGAUUGAUUGAGCAAGAAAGAAACUGAAAACACAGUUUCAUAAUUUUGAAAACAACAUUGUUCAUUUAUAAAAACAACAAAUGUCAGUGUUGCUUGAAAUUCACUGGAAGUCACUGAGGCUGCAUUCAUCUCUCUGAAUAGAUAUAUAUCACUGUGUGUGGGAAUCAAUCUGAAUUUAUUAAAAUUUUAAUAAUUCAAUAUGGCAUGAGAGCAUUUCAUCAGAAUCAGAAUCAGAAUCAUUUCAUUAAAGAAAUUCAAGCUUAUUUGCUGCAACAAACAGAUUUACAUUUCAGUUUACAUUAAAUACAAUUGAGAAAAAAAAACAACAACAAAAAACAAGCAUUCAUAUUGUCAACUACAACACAAAACUCUCUAGAGCUUAUUUCCAUCACAAUCAACCUGUUAGGAUGAAUACAUCACUUUACUGCCUUUGAACUGGCAGAGGCCAGGGGAAAUUACCACUCACCACAUCUCACAUAAAGGUUGAGUGGGAAAGCAUGGCCAACUGCUAGAUCACGCAUGUGUAUCUGCCAGCAUUUCCUCUCUACGUUCCUGAUAGACUGAGCAAAAGAAAAUGCUUCACCUAACUGAAAGUGAGAAGGCGAAUAUACAGAAGAUUUAAAUAAGCUGCUAAUUGUGUGUCAGAGUCCCUCAUAGUAAUAAAUAAACACAAACUUAAAAAUACAGUGUUUAUUGUGUCAUUGAGAUUAGAACUUUUGUAUCAUUGUUUUUUACAUUUGAUUUUCACUCUUUCUAAGUUCAAAAUGAACAUGCACACUUUCAUGAAAAAUAAAAUAAUGAUUCCUGUUGUGUAUUGUUACUUUGACAAUGUUUGACAAGUGUCACUCCGGCCUCCGUAGUCGAUGCUAUGACUCCUCCUACUUUGUCUAUGCACUGCAGUUCCUAGUAAACCGAGCAUGGCUUGUUACUGAA